AAUGAGGCUAUAUACAGGGGGUACCGGUAUCAAGUCAAUGUGUCUUGCUGUCACUCAUGAGUUAAAGUGAGAAAUUCCCUACCUCAAUAAGCCCUCAAAGUCAGCCAAAUCCCAGAUUUCACAAUCUUCCAUAUGCCACAAUGACUCACUCCCAGGACUCGGCUUUAAAACAGCUCUCCCCACAGUGGCAGACAGAGCGGUUUUCUUCUCACAGCGGCAGAUUCAAACUCACCACAGACAGAGAAGGAAGGAAAGAAAGAAAGAACUCGCAACUGGACUGAAAAAGAGAGAAAGAUAUAACAAUAAAUACUUUACAGUACCUUUUACCAGCUAGAUAACAACCUUAGACUUUAUUAGAGGAUUUCUAGUAGGAUCAUCUGUAAACCCCAAGAUGAGCAUCAGAAUGUCAGCCAGCCUUGUCGUUGUGCUCCUGGCCCUCCUGACCAUUACUGAGGGGAUGAGUCUGAGAGGCAUGGGGGCUGACCUGCGAUGUCGCUGCAUUGAGACGGAGAGCAGACGUAUUGGUAAACUCAUUAAGAAGGUGGAGAUGUUCCCUCCCAGCUCGCACUGCAGAGACACUGAGAUCAUUGCCACUCUGAGCAAGAGCGGUCAGGAGAUUUGUCUGGAUGUCAGCGCUCCUUGGGUCAAGAAGGUCAUUGAGAAGAUGCUGGCCAACAACAAAUGAAGAGGGGGAAUCAUCCCAUGAAUACUCUGGGAUUCUGAACUGUUUACAAGAUACAAACCAAAUAAGUAUUUAUAAGAUAUAUAGGCUGAAUUCUAUCAUUUUCUAUCCAGGUUGAAAUAGAAUACUAGAUUUAGAGUGGCAUGAGACUGUUUUAAGUGAAAAGACAGUCGGUUUCUUAUAUACAACCAAGUACUAUGUACUAAACUUAUAUUUUAUUUGUAUUUAUAAAGUGUUUUCCUUUCAUUGUUAUAAUCAAAUUAUGAGAUUUACAUGCAUUCCGGUUGUAUUGGAAUGAUUUCGUAAUGAAUUAACGUCACAUCCUACUUGACCCUCAAACGAAUGUAUUCAUGCAAACCUCAGUAUAUUUAUUGAUGCAUUUAUUUAGUUGUCUAUUUAUUCAUGUUAAACUGUUGGAUCAUGUUGAAACUUCCAAUCUAAUUCAAUUACAAUAAAUGUUUAAAAAAAACAACUCUGAA